ACCACCAUCAUGCCAUUGCUGUCUUCUAUUCUGUAUGAUGAUGAAGAGUUCCCUAAUCCAGACCAGUUUGACCCAGGUCACUUCCUGGAUGAAAGUGGCAACUUUAAGAAGAGCGACUAUUUCAUGCCUUUUUCAACAGGAAAAUGGAUAUGUGCUGGUGAGAGUCUGGCUUGGAUGGAAUUAUUUCUGUUUUUUACUACCAUCUUACAAAAUUUUACCUUGAAAUCUCCCAUUGACUCAAAAGAUAUCAACAACACCUCAGUUGCCAGUGGAUUAAUCAAAGUACCCCCCUUGUAUGAGCUCUGCUUUCUCGCUUUCUAAAACAUGUGAAGGACUAGCCCUAGUUCCAACUGCUCUAGAGUCUCCUCACAUUCUAUGAACAAGAUGUAUUCAUUCCAUUGCCUGCCAAUGAAAGCCCUCUAUGAUUUCA